AAUCUCGGCCUAAACGGGAUAUUGAAUGUUCUUGACAACAUUGGGCGUCCUAUGAAACGGACACCUGUUUAUCAAAUCGGAUAAAAUGAAAUCGUGGAUAAAUUAAUUAAAUUCAGGCAACAGAAAAAGUAUGGAGAACGGGAUUGAACCAGAGCCAGAGUUCGACGAGGUCGCAGAGGAAUUUGCAGCAAUUCAAGAGGAAGUAGAUCUUUCCGGAAAUGUCUACGCGGAUGGGAAGAAACUAGUUCUCGAUUUGAACGAACAGACGCUGGUUCGCGUUCCAGCUUCAACAUUUCAACUUGAAGCUUUAAAUUCACUUCUGUUGGCUGAGAACCAGCUCACCGAAAUACCAGACGACAUCAUCGAAUUGGAACAUUUAGAAUCUCUCGUUCUUUCGGGGAAUCGACUGACGCAUCUGAAUUCAAACAUAUUUUCAUUAUUUCGGUUACAAGUAUUGGACAUAUCUAACAAUGACAUACAAAACCUUCCACCAGAUAUAUCUGGUCUUCCAAACUUAACUCAACUUUUAGCUAACAGCAAUAGAAUUUCAGAGAUUCCAUCCCAAAUUGGAUAUUUGGAAAGCCUAAGGUGUCUUCUGCUAAAUGAAAACAGGAUAAAAGAAAUUCCAGAUGAUAUAUCCUGUUUGCAGAAUUUAGAAGUUCUUGGACUAGAAAGAAACGAGCUAGAUUUCCUUACGCCGGAAGUGUGUCGGAUUGAUCAACUAAGAAGAUUAGGACUAUCUGGAAAUCACAUGACAAAUUUACCACGUGAAUUGGAAAACCUGAUUUUUCUAGAACAACUCCUGUUGGACGAUAAUGAUUUCGAGUUCAUACCGGUGCAAGUGUUUUGGUUAAACACGCUUCAGGAGUUGACAAUGAGCGGAAAUAGAUUGCAAGCAAUACAGCCGGAGAUUAAAAAUCUGGUUAAUUUGACAGUGCUAGGGUUGAAUGGAAAUCAGCUGGAAUUACUACCCGACGAGAUUUGUGAACUGGACAAGCUCGAGGUGUUAGGAUUGGAAAAUAACAAACUGAAAGCUAUACCAAAGGAUAUCUCCAAACUGUCAUUGCUCAAAGAGAUAUAUUUGGGAAAUAACUGCCUUGAAAGUGUUCCUGAGGACCUGUUCUGGUGUUCGAAAAUUGAAGUCCUUAGUUUGUUGAAAAACAACAUUUCUGUACUGCCAGUCGAGUUGGAAAACUUAAAACUCAUGCACACGUUUGUUCUGACGGAAAAUAAGUUCAAAUCCCUUCCGGAAGCCAUUGGGUCCCUAAUGGAGCUGCAGUUGUUAUCUAUCGAUAAAAACCAGCUGACACAUCUGCCAGGGAACUUUGGGGAUUUGGUGAAACUGAGACAACUGAACCUCAGCAGAAACAAUUUUACUGUGUUCCCGAAGGAAAUAUGCGCACUAAAAUGCCUGGAAGUGUUAGAUCUUCAGCUGAACGCUAUCGAAGUUAUUCCAAAUGAGAUUGCAAAUUUAGAGAGAUUAGCAGUACUUGAUAUGGGAAAGAACAAGGUACAGUUCUUUACAAGCGAACUUUGCUCCCUUGAACAGCUUCAGAUGCUAGACUUGGCAAACAACUGUAUCGAGGACAUUCCCGAAACGGUGUCGAAAUUGACAAAUCUAGUUGAGCUAAACCUGUCAAACAAUAUGUUCUUGGAAUUUCCAAAACCCGUCAUAUCUAUCCCAAAUUUGGACAGAUUGAAGUUUGAACAGUCAGAAGGCCACAAAGUUCACACUCUUCCAAGCGAAAUUGAAUUUUCCAACGUACGCCAUCUUAUCUUGUCCAAUAAUACGCUGCGAUCCUUACCAAACACUGUCAGUACGAUGAGAAACCUCGUUUCCUUGGUCGCAGACCACAAUGAGAUACACAGUCUCCCGCCAACUAUUUGCGAAAUGAAAGGGCUCAAAGUAUUACAUCUAAACGAUAACCAGAUGUCGUCACUACCGGAAGAUUUCGACCAGCUCACAGGUCUAAAAGAGUUGCGUCUCCAUGGUAACCCUCUAAGAACACCACCAAUGGAUGUAUGUGUCAGUGGUGUGGUGCAGCCGAUCGGAAGGUUUAUCAGACGAGCCCUUGAACGCGAAGAACUCUUGCUGAUGAAAAUGCUCGAUGUCGUAAAGGGUUUGCUGAACAAGAACGAAUUACGUUACCUGAUGAAGAAAUUCAAACUUCCAGAAGAGAAAGUUACGGAACUCGAGCAGACGUAUUUCGGGAAGGACAAGCUGCAAGAUCGUGUUUAUCACUCUUUGCUGUACUGGAAGGAGUACAAGGGACCCCUAGCAACAAUUGACGAGCUUAUUCGGGUCUUCCACAUCAUUGGCUACACGCAGAUUUGUGAAAAACUCAAAACCAUGAAGAUUUAUUCACAAAGGCUGAGAUUUUAAGCAGGUAUACCAGACAGAUCAAAGCAUAUGUAAUUAACAUUGUCAUCUUAAUUUCAUUUCCGUUAAUAUUGACAUGGUGUUACUAUACUGAGAUUGUGCAGCUCUGUAUCAUUAGAAAAUCUUAAAAGCAAUUUAAACAUUUACUGAUAAAAAGAUAUUUAACCUUGGUGAUGUAUGGGGAGCAAAUGCGCUGACGUACGGUCUAGAAAGCUUAAGAUUUACAAUACAAUAUACUUAAUACUGCAUAUGUGAUGUAUAUAUUACAUGUACAUAGAUUUGAUACAUAUACAAUAUACAAUUAUUUAAAGACAUCAUUGAGCUUGAAUGUGCUUCUAGGGAGAAAGUGUUCUUAAAGGGGUUUGAUGAAAGUCACAAAGUAGCCGGAACAAAUAGCCCUCAUCGGAACUUAUGUGUGUUUGCUAAGUUCUGUAUACACGUGUUUAUGCAUAAUACAUACCAAAAAUACAAAAUGGAAUACAAGUGCCUUUCCAUAGCUACACGCUUACAUACAGUUUAAUUAAGAUGAAAUAUGUGUGCCCUUUGUGAUCUUUACGUUAUACAUGAUUUUAUUUCUUUAUUAAUAUAUUUAUUGCUAUGUGCUUACAUAUAUUUCUUAUUUACAUAUUACUGGACUGUUAGAUUUUUUACUUUACAUUUUUGUUAUUUAAAUAAACUAUUAGUGAUUCAAA